AUGAUUCACAAGCAGGAUGAUCAGCUGGCAUUUCUUGAAGCCAAGAGGAUAACUGGAGUGAUUGAGCGCCUGAAGGCUGGAUGUAAGCCAGAGAAGGUGGAUACAAUACAGAUACAAGUGAAUCUCAAGGGGUAUGAUGCUAAGAAGGACAACAAGGUGUCGAAGGACAUGGUUUUUCCAUACAAGGUGCGAAGAGCGGACAAAGUGAUUGUGAUUGCGGACGAAGCACGCAUGAAGGAAUGCACAGAGAAGGAUAUACCGUGUGUGUCAAUUGAGGAGAUCAGUGCAGACAGCAAGAAGUCUAUACGUGAAAGACUGUUUAAGACGAAUAAGUACUUUAUUUUAUGCCCUGGGUAUCAGAAGGUUUAUCAGUUGAAGAACAUUCUUAGACAUGGAAAGACUCCGUAUAUAAUGAAGAAUGAUGACGAUGUUUCGAAAGUGUUUGAGCAGGCAAAGAAGUCGUAUAAGUUGAGAAUCAAGGACUUUGCAGUUACUUCGUUCCCGGUAGGACAUACUGGGAUGGAUCCUGAGCACAUAUAUGAAAAUAUUAGGUGCGGGAUGGGAUUGCUUAUUUCAUACCUGAAGAAAGGGCAGCAGAGUCUUAACGGAGUGAUGAUUAAGACGAACCAGGCAAGCCCAAUAACGCUUUAUUAA